AUGCCUCCAUCGAAGGGCUCCUCAAAUAAAAAACGGAAUAAGGCAGCAGAUUCUGAUCUUGCAGCCUUGACACCCUUAAAACCGACAUCCGGAAAGAGGAUCCUUAAACAAAAGGAAAGGAAUAUUCAUGACGCUCCGCCCACGAUUUUCAGCCCCGUACUGGGUUCUCCCAAGGCCAAAAGGACUCGAAUAGACAUCAACGCACUGAAAUCUGCAACCAUAGGGUCUCCAAAUUCUCCUUCCGUUGCAUUGAACGCCAAGUACCUGUUGUCUCCCGGCACAAACAAUGCCAAGGAUGCUCUAUUGGAUGGAGUUUUUGGCUCUCCAUCAAGCAUACUGUGUGCAACUUCAAAGUUAACCAAGGAGCAAAAACAGGCUUCUUUUGAACAGUGGCUAAAGGCCGCAACUGCAAAUGUACUUUUUCACUUGAAACUUUAUGACAUAGAAAAUCAAUUCCAAAAAUAG